AGCUGACAAUGGCCAAGUCAUCAGUCACUAGCGAACCGUCUUGGUUUUUUAAUCCCAUUUUUAUCCUAAAAACCCAAUUAAACAGAAUUCUGGAAUUUGGAGAACGGCAGUGGUAGUAAUGUCCUAUACUUCGUGAGAGCAUUUUCGAUAUUUAUGUAGCAAAACUUCAUAAACAGGGUUAUUGUAUUUUUUAUUUUGGAUAGUGAAAACAUAUUGAAGACAUGGAAAACCUCUUCAGCAUGUGGAAAGUGCGAGAACUCGCAGAUAAAGUUACAAAUGUUGUAAUGAACUACACAGAGAUUGAGGCAAAGGUACGAGAAGCUACCAAUGACGAACCUUGGGGCCCUACUGGUCAAAUCAUGCAGGACCUUGCUCAUUCCACAUUCACUUAUGAACACUUUCCCGAGGUAAUGUCUAUGCUGUGGAAACGAAUGUUACAGGACAAUAAACAGCAUUGGAGGCGAACAUACAAGUCUCUGCUUGUCCUUCAUUACCUGAUUAAAAACGGAUCCGAGAGAGUGGUGACAUCUGCCAGGGAACAUAUCUACGACUUGAGGUCUUUAGAAAAUUACACUUACAUUGACGACGUAGGCAAGGAUCAGGGUGUAAAUAUAAGGCAUAAAGUGAAAGAAAUGAUCGACUUCAUCCAAGAUGAUGACAGAUUACGAGAAGAAAGGAAAAAAGCCAAAAAGAAUAAGGACAAGUUCAUUGGGAUGAGUUCUGACAUGAUGAGUAUGAGAUUUGGUAGUAGCCGAGAUGCAUCUUGGGAGGACCGCAGCUAUAGUGGCGGAGGCAGAGACGCUGAAUGGGAGGACGGGGGUGCCAAUCGUUACCGGGACCACCGAACUGGAGCAGGUUCAUAUGACGACGACUGUGAACCAGAGCAAGAUGAUAGCGAUGAUGGAGAAGCAACAAGCAAUAAAAACAACAAAAGAUUUCAAAAUACAACGUCUCCUACACACUCUGGGGUGGAUAAGAGCGCUACUAGUCCUCCAGCGUUUGAAAAAAAGGUUAAUCUUAACCUCACCGCUAAUGCCGUUGUAUCAUCGCCAAGCAAAAAGCAGAACAAGGUGCUCAAAAAAGUCGACUUGGGAGCUGCCGCGCAUUUUGGUCGCAACGAUUCUCUACCGACUCAAUCAGAUACGGUUCCAUACGAUGACUUAUUCAAUACGAAAACUCCAAGAGAACUUCCCGAUGAGAUAAUGGAGUUUGACCCGCGUGCGGAUUCCAGCACUAAUGCCGCCCCAGUCACAUCACAAUCAAAACAGGCUGUGGAAUUUGGUGAUUUUGAGUCCGUUUUCGGCCCCCCGUCGUCAACGAAGCAGCCGGCUAACGAUGAUGGCUUUGCGGACUUCAAUUCGGCAUUCACGAUGAACCAGCAACCAUCAACUGCCACGCAGCCUGUACAGGAUGUGCUUGCCGGGAAUCCUCGCGCAUUACCUACAAAUCCGAUACAUCCGGAAGAACCUUUCAUGAGCCAGAUGCCAACGCCAAAGCCCUUGAUUCCUCCGUUGGGCGCUGUACAAACGCCGGCAACUCCUGCACAAACAUCGGCUGCGGCUGACCUUCUGUCCGACCUCAACUUUUCCUCGCUACAAAUUCAACAAACCGCCCCUCAUAUACAGAACAAUAAUUUCGGAUUUGAUUUGCUCGAUGGCCUCAAUCCUGAUGGUCUGAAAAGUGACAGUGAAAUACAUCACCGUAUAGAAAAGAAAAGAAAAAUGGAUACCAAAAUGCAAGAAUUCCGGCGACGUUUAAUCAAAGUUGCCGAACGAUACCAGCAAAUGAAGAAAAUCACGUGCCAGAAACAAGUGGACGAGAUUAUGAGCGACGUAGAAGAGAUAUUAGAAGAAGUAGGGAAUACAGCGACAAUACAAAAAUUAUUAAAUUUGGAUGAUUUUUUAAAUGAAGACAUACAAUGUGCGUACGAAUGUUUCCUAUCAGCUUUGUUGGAUUUGUGUGAUGAAAACUUCCCAUUUCAAGGCGAAAAACUGUACGAACCCAUCAACAAACUAUUUACUGUCGAAGAUCCUACCUGUUUUAUAGUCACUUUCGAGUGCUUGAUGGCGCGUCUAAAGAGCAAACUUAGCAACACUAUUGUCCGGUUACUACAGUUACUUUUAGAAACAGACGCCUUUUUUGUAUUUGCUUGCAAAUCGGCGAUACCGGAUCAGAGACGAGCAGAGGGCAAAUUUGUGGAAUUUCUGGCAUGCGUAUUGGAGGACGAUUGGAAGAAAUUCGUAACAGUGUUUGUGUCGACGCCCAGUAGAGUUGCGAAUGCUCUAGAAGGAAAAGUUCCUGAUUAUUUCUUAGACAAAAAUUUCUUCAACUACGUUUUUUCAAAUGUCCUCCACUUGAUAGAAUUUUGCGCAGAGUCCAUCGAUAGAAAGCUGGUCAGCUUCGAGUCAAUUCAAUAUAAAUUCAUCGCUAUGCUCUUGAGCUCAGUCCUGCGAAAUUUCAAUCAACAAACUUCUUACGGAGAAACGCACUGUUUCGUCGAAAUUUUGGCCUUAAUUACAAACUGGGCUCCUUGCAAAAGAAAUGCUUAUAAGCAAGUGGUGCAAGAGAUAGUGCGCCAUUUGGAAACAGCCGGAAUAGACACGUUUGUGAGAAUCGUAAUGCAGUUGAAUCCAGAAAUAUAUAGUGUGGAGUCCAUCUUGGGCAACGUCAUCAAUUUGGAUGAACAUUGGAGAUACGUUGUGGGGACGAAGCUACCUAUGGUGACAUAUCGUGUAUACGACUACGACAACGUGAUAAUCAAUGUAUCUUUAUACCUCAGCAAAGUAUCUAUGAAAGAUCAUGUAAAAUUGAUAAGACGUCUAGCGAAUGACUGGAAUAACAGAAACUCUAUAAAGCAUAACAGUGUCGAAGAAAAGGUAUAUUUUGCGAAGUUGAUGGUAUGCUUAUUAAGAACUUGCUCUAAUUCUGAUUUUCCGGAUAGUUACUUGCAAGAUUUGCAAGAGGUAAUAAGAUUAAGCGUGCCAAAGCAUUUAGAGUCCACUAUUAUGGAAAUUAGAGCUCUAGGGAUGAAAGUCGCCGAAAUAUAUGUGAAUCGACUGAGCAAUGAAAAAGAAAAGCUAAAAUUUGAUUAUGACGGUAUGAAACCAGAACCGUUGAGAAUCGUGAAGGAAUUAGAUUACUUAACAGACAAAGACUUCGACAAGUACUGUCAGAGUACGGUGAUUGAUUUUGACGUAAAGAUUAGAGAAUUGUACGAAAAAUUACAAUGCAAGAAUCGGAGGGUUCAAGAAUGUAUUUCAGUUCAAAGGAAUCUAGGAAAUUCGACUUCCGCUCAAGAUGCAACGAAUGAAAUUGUAAUAGCCGAAAUAAACAACCUACCGCCCAACGUAAAAAUAAUCGAUCCAGAUUUUGAAUUAGACAGCGAUGAUGAUCUGGAGCCGUACGAUACGUCGAAUGACGUGAAGCGACCAAAAAACCGCCUCCUGUUUACCUGAGGGAUUUACAGGAAGCUCUUCUCGAAACGGAAGACGGCGAUCAAUUUGAAAUUGCGUUACAAUAUUGCGAAUCGCUCAUCGCCGAACAACUGCCCGAUGACAAUGUGUCUUUGGGUAUACAAUUCCUCGAGAUACUCGUAUCGUUGGAAGCCAGGUUUUUCGUGGAAGAUUUUGAAGGUUUAGUCUUCAGGAGCUGCGUUGCCGCGCUGUGCGUGUACCCGGCUCAGUACUCGGAAUACCUCUGCAGGGAGUUUCACGCAGACGUAUCGGCGUACUCUAUAUCCAGGAGGAUUUUCAUGCUGGACGUGUUGGCCGAGGGCGCUAAAAUUCUGUCCGGAAAACCGACCGAAAAUAAGGAUGAACAGAACAGGACAAAUGAUCCGAAGCAGAGUAGCGUUGACGAAGUUAUCGGAUCGAGAUUAGCGCUCAAGACGAAAUACUAUUGGAAACAUCAACCUACCAAGAGGGAAUGUGUGAAUAGGUUCUCGGAGUUUGCUGGUCGUUACUUCUUUCAUCUCAUGUACGGCUAUCAGUUCAACAAGAUGCUGCAUUCGUCGUCCAGUGACUAUACGCUGCUGGAGCACUACAUUCACACGUUGGCGGAUAUAGCGCUACACGCAACAAACACGCCGGCCGCAAACAAAAUAGUCGAAGAGUCUCUCCGCUUCACGUGGUUAUUGCGAAUCCACGAAGAGGCGAAAGUCAGAGCCGCCGUUAUCAGGCUGGUUGCGGUUUGUGUGCAGUCGCUACCGGAAAGCGUACUGCUGCAACAUUAUAGCGACGAACUAUUUAAUAUGAGAUUUUGGCUCUCUGAUGUGCUCCAUCCCGUCAGGGGAGAGACGAACACGCAAUGCAGAACGUUCGCUGCCGCUCUGGCUGUCAUGAUAGACGCUGUGUUCAAGGACAAUCAAGAACAGGAGAGUCAUUCGAUGUAUAGCUUUUGAAUAGUUGCGGAAAACCGCUUACCCGGUUGUAUAAAAAUAUUAUAAAAUGAAAAGCAUCACAUUGAUGCCAACAGUUUGUCAAUUGAUCGGCAGUGAACUCAACAGGGUGUCCCAAUAUUCCGUUGACAUAGAAGUACCACUCAAAAUAAGACGAUUGAACAUGAUGUAAAUCUAUACAAGUGCUUUGUAAGAUACUUGAAGAGCCGAUAGUUCGAUUUGAAUUAAAUUUGGAACACGUAUGUUUUACUCGACGUUCUAAUAUUUAAACUGAAAGAGUUCUAGAAGAGUGAACAGUUUCCUCAUAGAAGAAUUUCCCGACGACUUUUUUUAUAUGAAGCUGUUGUCAAAAAUAAUCUGACACUGGGAUAACGUCCCAUAUUUCCACCAACUACGAGGGCGGUUCCAGAAGUACCCGACCCAACGAAGAAAACACAAAAAUUUUGUAAAAAAAUGUAUUUAUUUUUCAACAUAACCUCCUUUGAGCUCUAUACACUUUUCUCAGCGAUGUUUAAUAAGUUCGAUACCCUUUUUAUAAUAAGAACUGUCUUGCUCCUCAAAAUAGCCAUUAACUGCCGACAUCACUUCUUCAUCGUUGGAAAAUCUUUGACCACUGAGCCAUUUUUUCAAGUUUGGAAACAGAAAAUAAUCCGAGGGGGCUAAAUCUGGUGAAUAGGGUGCAUGAGGUAGCAAUUCAAGCUUUAAUUCGUUAAUUUUGGCCAUUGCAAUAACGGAUUUGUGAGCUGGUGCAUUGUCUUGAUGAAACAACACUUUCUUCUUAACCAAAUGCGAUCGUUUUUGCUUGAUUUCAUCGCUCAAACGUUGCAAUAAGUUCGCAUAAUACUCGCCGUUGAUAGUUUUACCUUUUUCAAGAUAGUCAAUGAAAAUUAUCCCACGCGCAUCCAAAAAAACCGACGCCAUAACCUUGCCUGCAGAUGAAACGGUCUUCGCCUUCUUUGGAGCCGGUUGUCCCUUUUGAAUCCAUUGUUUUGAUUGUUCUUUUGUCUCGGGUGGGAAGUGAUGGACCCAUGUUUCAUCCAUGGUUAUGAAACGCCGCAAAAAUUCUGCUUUGUUGCUGUGAAACUUCGCUAAACACUCAAUUGAAACAUCUUCACGACACUGUUUUUGCUCGAUUGUGAGCAAUCGCGGCACCCAUCUUGCACACAGCUUUCUCAUGCCCAAAUUUUCAGAUAAUAUGCGAUGAACCACACUUUUUGAAAUGCCUACUAUGUCUGCUAGCUCGCGCACUUUCAGUCGACGAUCAUUCAGUACCGCUUUGUGGAUUUUCUUCACCAUUUCUAGAGUCGUCACCUCAUUUGGUCGACCACUGCGAUGCUCGUCUUGUCAGCUCAUACGGCCUCGUUUAAACUCUGCUACCCAAUAUUUUACUGUUGUAAACGAAGGAACAGACUAACCCAGAGUAGAAUCCAGUUCAGCUUUUAUAUUGGUUGAGCUGAGGCCUGUGAAAUAAACGUAUUGUACCACAUAACGAUGACCAAUUUUCUCCAUUUUCACAAAUUCACUGAAAACGUUCAGUAUUGAUGGCUGCCAAACAAAUUCUAAACAACGUGGCGUCUUCAAACUUGACACAUAUGCUUUAUAGGUUGCAUACUUUCUAAUACAAUGAUAUUUUUCAAACAACUAUCGCUAUCUCUAGGUCAGGUCGGGUACUUUUGGGACCACCCUCAUAGAUACCUACUAGAUUUACUUGAUGUAAUAAGAUUUUUUUUAAACCAACUCCGAAAAACAUUUUUUUCUUCUUGAAAUCUAUGACAGAUACAAAAAAAUGUUGUAAAUAAAAGAAUCGUCGUUUUGAGAUUUGCGAAAAAAUCUGCUACAAUUUAUGUAGCGGUGGGGGUAGUUUUCACCCUUCGUGGACCGUUCCGGAUUUUUUGUGAAAGUCAAAUACAGGGUGGGCCAUCAAGUUGAGCGGAUUUUAAGAAAACUACAAAGCGUAGGGAAGAUAAUUUCUAUUUUUAAUAAAGUAGACACAUGGGAAUUUUAUUGUUUUAAAAUAACAUCAUUGAGAUGUUAACUAUCGAGACGUACGCACUCCUCGAAUCUCGACUUCGUGAAAACUCAACAAAUGCUGUGGCUGAGCUUGGCAAUCGUCGGUUUAUUGGCGUAAGUUUUCCACUAAACAUUUCGUUUACAACUGUUAAAGACUCGGUGCAGGUAUUGGAUGUCUAGCCAUUUUGUUGAAACCAUCUCCUGCUAUCGUAGGCUUCAAAAUUAUGCAGUUGUGGAAAGAAAAAGCUACGUAGCAUAGCUGAGUAGCGAUUAGGAUUUACUGUUAGUCUGACCUUGCUCAUUUUGGAAGCAAUAGGGUCCGAUGACUCCUUCAGCCGACAUGGCCGCCCAAACUGUAACGCGAAUGCAAAGGUCGUUGGUGUUUUAAUUUGAGAUAUCCUGCGGCCCAAUACGGGGAAUGCGGUUUUGAAAUUCGUACGUAUUUCUGGUCCACCCUGUAUUAGGACAGCAUGUGUUCCAAAUUCCAUUCAAAUAGGACUAUCGGUUCCAAAAAUAUCUGAAAAAAAGGUUUAAAAAAAAGACUUUGACGCCAUCUAACGGACAAACUAAGCACUUUUGUAUAGAGGUAAAUCUUCUCUAGUCGACUUAUUUUGAGUCUAAAAAUACGUGGUACUUCUAUGUCCACGGAAUAUUGAGACAGAUGCAUUCCGACUUGAAUAUAGAAAAUUGCAAAACGGCGUAAUCCAUUUAUUGCAAAAUUUUGUGCAUUAUAUACUAUACAAAAGGUUUUCGAUACUGUCGCUUUUUAAUGUAAACUAACUGGAGCAGUUUGAAAGAAACAAGCAAGAAUGAGGUUGUGCGAUAAUUCGUAAUUUAUUUGUCUUAAUUAUAUUUCUUUUAUAUCACUUAGCAAUAAAAUUUUAAACUCGGUUUUUAUACACAAAGAUUUCAUUAAAAAAUUGUAAGCAAAUGAUGUUAUUGGAGUGCCAUGAACAGUUUACCUAAUAUUUGUUUGUACUUUUGAAAUACAAUUACAUACUAGAUACUCAAGUCAAGUCUUAGGCCCGUAUCGUCAGUCGUCCCUACAAUUGUAGGGCUUUAUGGCCUCAUUGAUUGUCAUAGUUUUCUACUUCUCCGUGUCAGAACUCUAUUUUGAGGUUAUGUCACAAACAUCUAUUUGCAUCAAAUUGUGCUUGCUUUUGAGUUAUAUCAUGUUUUAUCAGCCUGAAAUUUCCUACAAUUUAAAAAGAAAACAUAUCUUCACAAUAGGAGAGCGCUGACGCUGACACGGGACGAGUGCAACCUAGACAUUUUUGAAGGAGAGAAAGGAGUAUGACAAUCAAGGAGGCCAUAAACGCGCCCUACAAUUGUAGGGACGACUGACGAUACGGGCCUAAGUGUUACCUAAAAGUGAUAUAUCUAAUAUCCAUAUGUACUAUUUUUCUAAAACAUUUUCUAUGUAUCAAGCCAGAAUCUAACUUUUAUCAAAAUAAAGCAAUUAAAAUAAAUUGUGUCAAUAGAUGCUUUGUUCACCAAAUAUUUGUCCUUAAAUACAACUCGUGAAAUAGUAGUGGUACAUCAAAACUCAUAAAUGCUGAAGCGACUUUCUUUCAAAAUGUUUUUUAAGUUUUACCCCAUCCAGACCAGCGUUUUUUAACUUUUCGGUUUCUCGGACAAGUGAUGUUUGGAUGUUCUGUUAUAUAGAACGUUUAUGAACCAUUUAGCAAUUUUAGGAAACAUCAGAAUACAUGUCAGUAUAGAAGGAACUAAAAUUGUAAAGUUCUGCGAGCGUGUGUAACCAUGUCUUACACAUUUUCGUUGCAGCAUUGGUCUAGUGAAUAAUCUUAGUUUCAAAACUCAGCGUACCCUUUUUGAGAAAACAAGUGUUGUGUUUUGUAUGUUCUUUUCGAAAUAAACGAUAAACAUUUGAA